UAUAAAUAUACAGGCUUAUAGUCUCGUACCUGCUCAUGGAUGUAGGCUGCCAAGCGCUACUCGGUUUAUUUGACCAAUAUUCAUAGCACUGCGAUGAAAUACACGACUCAUGAGGAAAUCCAAGAUGGUGGCACUGUCGAACAUGUACUGAUAUCAGUAAAUAUACUGCCAUGUAAAGAGCAUUUAGACCGCAGACAUGUGGAUACUCCCGGAUGUGUCCCAGACUAUGUUCUCUUUACACGCAACGCUCUGGAAUAUCGGUUUUCUGUGGAGGUUAAGAGGUUUAUAUUCAAGUACUAAACUCAUUGUGGGAUAGACUGACAUGCAAACAGGCUUUCAUCUCCAGGACAGUCGCGGGCUACUGUGGACGUUCCGUUGUCUAAGUAUUGCGCAAAUUUAUUUGUGUCCAAAUGUAUAGAGCCAUCUUUCCAGUUUCCGCGCACAUGCUCAAUUUAAUUUGACCUCGAUAGAAUUUGAUCACCUCGGUCGGUUUCUGUCAGAUUAAAUGAAUCUGGAUGCCAAGUGCAUACCCUUUUCACCUCUGGAAUUGGACUGAAUUUGACUGAAACAGAUUGUGUGGGCGUGGCUCUCCACAUAUAGCCUUCGGCAUUAGACUUUAUAUGAACCCAGAUUUGAGGCUUAAUUGUAACAGCAACGAGCAACAUGAAGUUCGUAAGUACCAGAGGCGGAACUAAGCAGGCCACAUUUGAAGAAACUUUGUUUUCCUGUUAUUGUCAGGAUGGGGGCCUGUUUGUACCAGAGGCGGUGCCAGAGAUUUCGAAAAACACUCUGCGCGAUUGGUCCAAGUUAUCGUUCGUGGAACUGGCACAGCGAAUCGCCAGGCUGUACAUCGACGAGGAUGAAAUUCCUACUAAUGAAAUCAAUGGUUGUAUUGAAAGGGCAUUCAUGCACUUCUCCCACCCUGGUAUUGCCCCUGUCGUGAAGCUGAGAGGUGGACUGAAUAUACUGGAACUGUUCCAUGGGAGGACUCUCGCCUUUAAAGACAUCGCUCUCUCCUUUGUGGGCGAACUUUUAGAAUAUUUCCUGAAGAGGCGAAGGAAACGUGUUAUCAUUGUUGUUGUAACAUCGGGAGAUACCGGAAGUGCGGCCAUUGAAAGCGUAAAGGGAAAAGAAUUCAUCGACAUAGUUGUUUUUCUGCCUCACAGAGGAUGCAGUGAAAUCCAGGUGUUACAAAUGGUGACGGUGAUUGAGGACAACGUUCACGUUUUCAAGGUUGAAAACCUUGGAGAAGUUGAUGUGGCUGUGAACAGGCUGUCACGUGACCAGACCUUUACCAAGCAGAACGGCUUUAUGUCCGUGAAUUCCACUAACUGGGCAAGGAUCAUGAUGCAAAUUGUCCAUUAUUUCUACGGAUAUCUCCAGGUUUGCCCGAACGCUGAUGAAGAAAUGGAGUUUGUUGUCCCAACCGGGGCGUGUGGAAAUAUCGCUGCUGGAAUAUAUGCUAAGCAAAUGGGCCUUCCAGUAAAAUUUGUCUGUGCUGGAAAUCUCAAUGACAUCGUGGCCAGAACUAUUUCCAAGGGGCACUAUUCUGUAUCUCCUGUUAUGUCCACACUGGCCCCGGCUAUGGACAUUCAGUAUCCUUACAACCUAGAGCGCGUGAUGUACGUGUUAUCCGGAGCAGAUCACGUGCUCAUUGCGGCAAUGUAUAAAGAGUUUGAGUUAAGUGAUGCGAUUUCUGUUCCGAGGACUCUCGUUGAAAAGCUGAAAUCAGUAAUUGGGACACACACGGCGGAUGACGACAGGAUUAAGGUUGUGAUGCGGCAAUGUUGGGAGGAGCAGGCAUAUCUGGUCUGUCCACACACGGCUGUAGGCCUGUCUUAUUACUAUCAGCAGAUCGAUCGCAAAGAUGAAAAGUGCGAAGGCCAGACGACCUCUAGAAUAUGCAUAGCCACAGCCUCUCCGGAGAAAUUCCCCGAGGCCCUUACAUCUGCCGGACUUACCCCCAAGAAAAGUCCCAAACUGGCAAGUUUGGAGAAGCGGCCGACCAAGUUUGAAAUUGUGCCAGCAAAUGAGGAUUGCGAGGAUUUUAUGAGAGCUGUUAUCUCGAGGAUCAGUCAGAUGCGGAAGAAAUAGUCGUUGUCUAUAUAUUGUCCGGCCAUAUCUGCAUUUUUGUCGAAGAGCAAUCGUUGUCACAUUAUUUGAUUUGAUUUAAGCUUCAUUUUAUCCAACUGCCACUGUUAUUUUGGACCUAACUGAAACAUAUCAGGAUUUUGUCUCUUCUGGAUAGAGCUGAAAACUGUUGACCCAGUAUUACUACCAACCCAUCACAGGUUACCUAGGUGACAAAAUGCUGUUGAUUUUUUAGUAUGUUGUUGAGAAAAGUGCAAGCUGUAUUAGUGGUAUGGCAUGGUAUCACGUAAAAGUUACGGGUUACAUAUUUUGGGGUUUGAAGUUAACAAAUUUAAUACAAAAUUAAUAAGGAAGACCAAUGCGUUAGCGUAACUUAUAGACCACUUAACCAGGGUGGGUUUACGUGUAUACAUCACG